AUGUCGUUCCCGGAAAAGUUCCAGGAUUUGUUGAAGGAGUGGGCACCAGCGCUUGUGAUUCCCCUUUCGCUUUAUGUUGCUUACAAACUGCUCAACAGAAUCAUCCCAGGAGCUCAUAAUCUGCCAAAGUUAGAUGUCAAGAACAAAGUUGUUGUGAUCACCGGAGCUAGUUCAGGUCUUGGAAAGAGUCUCGCUUUCGAAUUGUACAAACGAGGAGCGCAAGUCAUCCUGCUUGCAAGAAGUACGGAUAAACUGAAGGAAAUUUGUGAGGAGCUCAAAGAAACUUUCCCUCUUAACCAGAACGAGCCAACUUACUACUAUUUCGACAUCACCGAUCCAGAGCAAGCACCAUGGGCGGAGAUCCCAAGAGUUGAUAUUCUCAUCAACAAUGCUGGAAUGGCUAAUCGCGGAUCUUGUGCUGACACUUCUAUGGCUAUCCAUAGACAAGCCAUGGAGACCAACUAUUUUGGACACGUCCACGUCACCAACAGCUUGCUCUCAAAGUUGAGCCCGGAUGGUUGUAUUGUAGUGACUAGCAGUGUUCAAGGAAAGGUUGCGAUUCCGUACCGAGGAUCGUAUGGCGCUAGCAAGCAUGCACUUCAAGCAUAUUUUGAUUGUCUUCGUGCCGAGCAUAAGAAUCUUCAUAUCCUCGUCGUUUCGGCUGGUUACAUCAACACUGGAUUCGGAUCUAGAGCUAUUGACCCAUCUGGCAAGGUGGUCGGAGUUGAGGAUGAGAAUCAGAAGAAAGGUUACACACCGGAACAUUGCGCUCGCUUGAUUGUCAAUGCGAUUCGAGACCGUAAAACCGACUACAUCAUGGCUCAUGCGGAUGCUCGUUUCGCAGUGUUUCUCAGAUACUUCUGGCCAACACUUCUCAACUACUCCUUGUACAUCCGAGGAACCAAGGAUCAAUGGGCACCAAAGAAUAAGAAGGAGUAA